ACUUGCAUAUCUGAAAAUGAUUUAGACAGUAAUACUCUUUAUUUUUCAGUCAUAAACAGGAUUGCAAUGGAGCUCCAACUUUUGACAGACUUUAUUUUAUUUAAACUAUUUUAAAGCAAAUGAUGAGUGUUAUGUUAUAAAUACAUGCAGGGUCUUAACUGGAAACACGCGUCACUGUUGUUUGUUCUGCUGACAGGCAGGGAGGGGUGUGUGUGCUGCAAGUGUGAGCCUGCCUUUCGAAUAAGUACGAGCUGAGGACCACAGGGAGGCAGAGAGCAGGGCUCCUUCCACUCAUAGUCAGUAUGAAGUUGGCAGUUCACUGUUUGUGCUUUCUGCAUUUCGUCCUUCUGAGUUUUGGACUGGACACUUACAUUUCACUCAGCAGAAGCAAAGCCUUUCACAGUGAUGCAACUUAUGUAAACCAAGACAGAGUGAGAACUCUGUUUGCCAGGAGGGCACUGUAUGAACAGCAGAAGAUCCACGAGACAAAAAAGUCCAGCAUUGUUCCUCCUCCUCAGCCUCAAAACGACGUUUCUCGUCCCAAAGCGGUGCCGAAGCCCCAGGUGACGGCCAGGUGCUCCCUGCUGGGACAGAGCUGCGUGCCGCUGUGCGGCUGCUGCGAUCCGUGCACAACGUGCCACUGCCGCUUCUUCAACGCAAUCUGCUACUGCCGGCGAGCGGAGCAAGCGAGGCCACGAUGUGGGAGUAAAAAGACAGCGAAGAGAAGAAAGUCAAAGACGCAACUCUAAAC